AUGAAGUGUGAAUCUAGGUUGAGAGGCAUGGUGCUCCCUGAGUAUCUCCUCAGGCCAAGGACAAAGAUAUCAAUGGAUAUUAUAAAGGGAAACUUAGAUGGAAUUUCAAAACCAGCCUCAAGUUCAAGAACGCGUCCUGGGAGUAGAGGUUCAAAUGCUUCUUUGGAGGUGCUCUCACCAGAACCAGCAUCCUUCAUGGUUGAUACUGCAAUCAAGUUGAACUCUGGUAUAAAGGGCCACUCUGAGAGGAGUAAUGCAGAGGAAAAUGGAAACAAUAAUGAUGAUAAAGGGGAAAAUGAUUCUGAGAAACCAAAAUUGGCUGAAGAAGGGUCAGAUGAAGAUCUGAACAUGGUUCAACAUCAGAUAAUCCCUGGAUGUGCAGAUGAACCUGAAUUAAAAGAAUUAGAUUCUCAACUUCAAGAUGCUAUUCAGAAGAUGAAGAGGCUUGAUAAAAUAUUGGUGAAGAAACAAUACAGAGAAAAAGAAAUUAAGAAGCAAGGUCUAGACCUAAGAAUAAAGCUGUGGGAAGAACUUAAGUCUGCAAAAACUAGUGAAGCUUUGCAAAGUAAUGAGGAGAUGGAAAAUACAAAAAAGUUUCUAGCUUUGACUGCUGCAUCAGAAGAAACUGUCGAUCCUUCUUGCUAUGAGCAUGAAGACACCUUUUUCUCAGUGUUUCACACUCAAGUCCCUCCAGAAGAAUAUGAAAACCGUAAACAGAAUGUCAAUCAAGGUAGACUAGAUUUGUGGGUCAUUGUGCCACUGCCAGGACUGGCCUCUGGACCUCUGGUUUUUCUCUUUAUGUUCGUCUGA